GACUUAGAGUAGGAUGAAACAGACUGAUUCUCACUCUCGUCAUUAUCACAAGCAGUAAUGCUUAACCCCUCUCUCCUCUAACAUAUCCCAAGAACCCGACAUGGUAGACUAUGCUGCGUAGCACACUUGUUGUUAUUAGAGUCUUCUCGGUCGUCUAUCACCAGAACCUCUGCCAUGAGUGAUACAGAGCUGGUGGUCAUCGCGCCAGCGACAGCUCCUUCAGCCACUGAGCGCAAUGGAAUGACAUUAUCAUCGCUUCAACUCCAAGAUGAAGAGGGCCAUCUAGUCGAAAGCGUGAGAGUAGAACAAGAGCUGGCUCCUGUCGAUGGAGGUCCUGCUGCCUGGAAAUUACUGUGUGCUGCCUUCAUGUUUGAGGCUUUGUUGUGGGGCUUUCCACUCUCCUUUGGUGUCUUUCAGGAAUACUACUCUAAAGUCCCGCAGUUCGCUGGUAGCCGUUAUGUUUCCGUCGUCGGCACUAUAGCCUCUGGGUUCGGCUAUCUUGGGGCACCGAUCGUCAUUCCUCUUCUUCAGCGCUAUCAGCGAUGGUGGCGACAUAUGAUCUGCGCAGGAUGGUCUAUCUGCAUCGCGGGCCUUGUCUUAGGGUCGUUCGCGUCAACGUUAGAGGUACUCAUUCUUACGCAAGGUGUCGCGUACGGUGUGGGCUUCCUCAUAUUCUAUUAUCCUAUUCUCAGUAUGGUGAAUGAACACUGGGUAACACGCCGUGGCAUGGCGUAUGGAAUUCUAUGCGGUGCCUCGGGUGUUUCUGGCUCCGUGAUGCCAUUCGUGUUGCAAGCUCUACUAGCCAAGUAUGGAUACAGGACAACUCUUCGUGCUGUAGCCGUGGCUCUCACGUUGCUCACAGGGCCUUUUAUCCCUUUGUUGAAAGGCCGCUUGCCAUCCUCAGAGCGAACUAGUACCCCUAAGAUAAGCUGGGCGUUUCUACAGAGUCCUCUCUUCUGGGUGUACUCCUUAUCGAACCUGUUGCAAGGCUUUGGGUACUUCUUCCCAUCUCUAUAUCUACCUUCAGUUGCGUCCUCCCUAGGGCUCAGUGGAAAGAGCGGCGCCCUCCUCCUCGCCCUCAUGAGCGUUAGUCAGGUUGGUGGCCAAUUUGUCUUCGGCUUGCUGUCAGACCGAAAGGUGCCACUUGAUGUCCUGGCUUGCCUGUCAACAGUGGUCGCAGCAGUUGCGUGCCUCACAACGUGGAGACUGGCCCAGUCAUUCCCCGUCCUGGUUAUCUUUGCUAUUAUGUACGGCUUCUUUGGUGCAGGAUUUACCGCCACUUGGGCUAGAAUGAGCACUGCUAUCACGGCUGACGCCACAGCGGUGCCGAUGGUCUUCAGCCUGCUGAACUUCGGUAAAGGCAUUGGAAAUGUCCUUGCUGGGCCGAUUGGAGGAUCUCUGGUUUCUAUCUCCAAGUCGACAGGGAAUCCAUCCUCGUUGUCCUACCGCUGGGUUGUCGUCUUCACCGGAGUGGCUAUGUUUGCAAGUGCGCUUACUAUUAGCUCUCAAUACUUGAAGCGUAUUGGCAUCUUGGUCACUCGAUAGAAGCAAGACAAUGAUAAUCAGUUGGGUGGCUACUUGAAAAUGGCCGUACUUUAUAGAUCUGAACCUAAUAAAGGGGGGGUUGCUCUUACUAUACCACACUACAGCAGGAUAACCUGCAAUCGCUCGCGUGCUGGUACCAUAGCAGUUCAACGGGACAUUUCGAUCAAAUCUACGCACCAUCAAUCGUGUUGA